CAAAACUCUAGCAUUGCCUGUAGUUGCUAAUUUAUUGUACUUGGGAAUUACUGAUAAAAGCAUUAAAAUCACUAAUGUUACAAUCUAAAAUUCUUGGAUUACAACCAUCAAAUUUACACAAAAAUUGUGUGUGCCAAAAAUUAUAAGAGACGGUGAAGCUUCGGCUGAAGGGGACCGGUUGAUUCUAUACAUAAAAUUUCAAUGUGUUCUGGAAAUGGUUUGCAAAGAGGACGUGGUAUCAUGGUUUAAAGAAUUGGAAAGCUAUAAACGCAUAGACGCGAUGUGUACAUUACUAAAUAUGUGUUUACCAUUCGAAUUACGCUUCAUUGGUACCUACCUGGAAGAGCUCGGCAAGCGGGACUUUCAGGAGUUGCGUGGUGCCGAAUUGAGAGCGAACAACCCCACAGAUCUGGCUGCUGAUAUUGGAGGAGCUAAUACAGACCCUAGGACACGACGAAAAAUGGCUUUAUAUGUGUCUUUACUGCGGUCAUGUAAUUUUGCAUGUGCUACCACAUUGUAUAAUGCAAUGGUUAGCUUGGAACAGAGUGGUCUCCUAAAUGGUUUAUAUGGUGAUCUAUUAGAAGAAAUUUUACUUCUAUACACCAUGGCGUUACAUCACCCAGCUUUCACAUUUGAUCAGAAAUCCCAUUUUGGUGAGAUACUAGACAAAUUGAAAGUGGAAGAUCAGAGGAUACAGUAUCAAGAGCAACAAGAACAUAUAAAUGUAGCUCCUGUGAGUGCUUGCCAUACUCAAUCUAGUGUCACAGCAAAUAUGUCAGUUCCGCCACCUAAUUUAUCUAGCUUGGGGCCUCCACCUGGUAUCAUGUUUGUCAAAACACCUGGGGUUCAGGCCCAGGCGAGCACAGACACAAUACCUCAAGAACUUAGCUCACCACCCAUGCUUAGUGGUACAGGCAAUGUAGUGCCAAUGCUUAGCGAAGUGCCUCAUCCGCCACCAGGACUGCCAAUACCCCAAUACAACAUGGGAGAAUACAUGGGGCAACAUGGAUGGCCAGCAAACAUCAUAGUACAACCAUAUUAUUUAUUCCAGGUUAUAAGUUAUCCACCGGCACCAGGUGGGCCUGCGUCACCGUUGGUUUCAUCACCAGGUGACAGCCGCGCCGCGUCGCCACGAGCACGUAGACGUUUAUCACGCGACCGCUCGCCCCCCUUGCCACCAGUAGGACCACCUGAUCAGCCACCAUUGCCUCAUCUCACAACUAACUUCGAGAAUCUAUCUGUAGUUGAGAUGCGGCAUAGUAUAGGUGAGGAGCGACUAAGAGAGAUCACAGCGGCACAACACUAUCGUUCACUAGAGAAACUGAACGGCGUACGGAGACGAGGGGGCGGGUACUGUCCGCCCGCGCGCUCGUCCUCCGACAGCGGCUCGAGCGCCGCGUCGUCCCCGCCCGGCACGCCGGCCCCGCCCCAGAGGCGCGCCACUCCAUCCGCCCCGCCGCCUGUCUCGUUCCUGCCUUACCCGCGCCCGUAUCCUUACCCGACGCCGCCACCCGCGUAUCGACCCCCACCACCGCCGUUCGCCGCCGUCGCAAACGGUGAACCACCGUUCACCGCGCCCGCGCCUUACGGCGGUUACGUGCCGGUGUUAUACGCGCCGGCCAAGUUAUCGUGCUACAACUGCGGCGCCGCCGGUCACGCAGGCCACGAGUGCAAGGAGCCGAGCAUGGAGGAAAUGACUCGCGCAGGCGGUUACCAACUCGAUUUCGGUGCACCACCGGAGCCCGAUAAGUAGCCCCCGCCGGUGAACGACCGAGGUGAGUUUGUUCUAGUUGACUUCGCGACGUCCUCGCGCGAUCUGUCCAUUAGUACCAAAGUGUCAGGUCGGUAAUGUAAAUAGUGACAUGAGCCGGCCCGUAAGCGCGACCCCGCGAUCUAUCGGAAUCGGUAUCGACAGACGUGUCGGUCGUAGAUCGAAAUAUUUAAUAGACCUUAUGAUAUUAAUGUUAUGUGCGCUUAUUGGACUAACUUAUUAUGGAAUGGUGAAUUGUUUUAAGUGAUUAUGUUUAAGAGUAAUUGCAUUUUCGAUUUAUGACAACACCUUGAUACUUUUAAAUAGUCUGUGUAAUAAUAAUUAGAUCUGUAAAAGUUAUUGAUGUGGUCAAUUUGAUAGCCGAUAUAACUUUCAUAUGUUCUUGUUAAAAAAUUUCAGAUCUGAAUUGACAUGAAUGUAUUAUAUGGCAAUAAGUUUAUUAAAAAAAAAUGUUAGAUCAAGAAAUAUUCUUCUUGAUAAUAAUAUGACCAUAGAAAUACGUAAAAUAAGGAAUUAAAUCUGAAUGUAUUAUAUUUUUUGUGUUUUAAUCUCAAAGGGGCUAUAAAUGUUAAGGACAUAAAAAGCCAUUAUUUAUAUCUGACAUAAAACAAAAAUAACUGUAAUAAUAGAGAGACCCCUUAAUUUUUACUUAAUCCAUAAAUCCAUCUGUGCCUUGCAUUUUCACUUAACCAUUUCUUAUGCGUAAACAUGAAUUACAUCAAAGUUAGAUAUUAUUUUAUUAUUUCUAUAAUGAAGUGACAUUUUAUGUAUAUGUUUAAAUUGAGUAACAAAAAAAUUACAAAAUUUAAUUUGAAAAAUGAGCUUCUAGGAUUUAUUCAUAAAUUACUUAAUAAUUUCUUAAAUAAAGUUUUACCAAAACAUAGUCCCAAAAUUCUUCUACUUCUGUAAUUUUUCUUUUACAGAUUAGUUUAGAAUGAACUAUAAACCGUUGAACAUUGAAAGUAGAAGCGUUUUAGUAGAUAAAUUGUGUAUAUUGCAUAUAUAAGUUAUAGUAAGUGUGAAUACCACAAUUAAAGGAAAAUUAUAAGCAAUAAUGGAAUUAAUUAAAAAUAUAAAAAAUACACUAAUAAUGGAGGUAAAUUUGAAAUUGCGACACUUCUUCACAGAUGUCUGUGAUAAGAAUUCUAAUAAUGUAUUAAUAACUUAAAUCGAAAUUGCAAUUAUCUUAUCAACAUAGUGUGACCUCUAGUUGUUAUAUUUUGAAUUUGGAGGGAAUUCCAUAAAUUGAUAUAACUUUUGCAGCAGCGACGCACAAGUCAGUUCACAUUAGGAUCAUAAUAUAUUUAUAGACUUUUGACGGUUAGUCACCCUUAUUGCGAAGAGAUAAGGAUCACGGAAUGUCAACAUUCUAUUGAAUAUUAUUAGAAUUGAUUGUACAAUUGACUAUAUAAUUUUGAUAACAUAAUUAGUUUUUUUCACAACUAGCCUUUCAUCAAUUGAUUAUAAGUCAUACAAUAGUGUGCCAUAUGGGUAACAAUUGGUAGAUGUAUGUGUAUUAUUUGUAAUAAAAACCACACAUGCAAGACGUUAUGACGUGUUUGUGAUUUGUGUUACUUUUUUUUUUAAUUUAAAUAUGUUUAUUGACAGUAAUUGAUAUAAUAAAUGAGGUAUUUUGAUUUUGUUUGUAUUUGUCAGCAAACAUUUUUAGUACAUGUCAAUUAGUACAAGUUGAAAAAUGAUUUAUUAGUAUAGUAAGUUAAGAUAUGUUUUAACGUAAUAUAAUUGUUUGUUAACCCUUAUCAGGCAAAAUUAAUGUAAAACAAGAAUUUGUAAAUAAUGUUAAAAACAUGAAAGAUUGCAAUUUCCAAUGAGGCUGCUGCUGAUCAUUAUAAAUGAAACUAAUUAUAUAAUAAUGUCCAUAUGAGUUUUACGUCCGAUCCUUUUAAUGGGUGCUAUGGAAUUCCCUAAAAUUCUGUGUUUUCCUAUAGAAAUGAUCCACCACACUACAUAAAUGUAAAAUUACAUUUAAAAAAUGUGACUUCAGAAACUAUUCAAUAAAAUAUGCAGUUCAAAUUGAUGUGACAAAUAUUGUACAAAAGUGAACGACACACAUUGUUUCCUUUGACGCAAGACUGAUUUCUAAUAACUAGCUAAAUGGGCACCUGAAAUGUGUAUAGUGAUUUGACUCGAGCUAUGUUUUAGGAUGCCUCACGUCAUUUUGAAUUACAGCUCUUUGUUAAUAGUUAAGCAGUUAAAUAUUUGUUCAACAUUAAUAAAAAAAUUAAAGAUAUGUGCCUGCAUAGAAGCACAUGAGACGUUUUAUAAUAUAGAACAAGGGAAUAUUUUGAUCAAGCUCACAUGCAAAUGCUCUUUUAUUAUUGUUUAUAGUUGUUGUAAAUAACUAUAUGAUGUGUAAGUGAUGGGCAUGUCGCGUUUGAUGUGUUCACAUUUUGUAAAUAUUUUAUCAGUUUAUAUUAGUGAAUAUUUAGAUAUCGGAGUAUAUUUGUAAAUUACCUUGAGUGUCCCUGUAAAAAAAAAACAAUAUAUUCAAAAUGUUUCUCUAUGAUCACUGUCACAAAUCACAAUUUGCAUUUUAUAGAGUCCCCCGUUUUUUGAGAAAGUUCAAAUUAAAAGGGUUGUAUAAUUGUUUUUGCAUAAUUAUUUAAAAAAAAAUGUUUAUGACGGGUCAGAUGCGUCACGCGCAUGGGUGGGAGACCGGGCUGUUGUCGCUGUGGCCGAUCGAUAAAUAAUUUUUGUUUUUUUUUGCGUUAGUAAAUUUAAUAAUUGUUGGUGUGGUAUGUAUUCUCUUUAAUAUGAAUUCAAAUUAAGUAAUUGACAUUUGCAGGCAAACAAAAUUUUUUCGUACGGACAUAAAUUUUGAAUUGAAAUAAAAACGUUUGCAAUCAGAUUUUUUUCUCCUUACUCGUUGGCACAUUGCUAAAAGUUUUCUUUAGACAGUUAUUAUUUUUACAUGAAUUCUUAGAAAUAACGGCACUGUUGACGCGUAUUAUGUUACUAUAUAAUUUAAUUUUUUGAUAGUUAGUGACCUGUGGCCUUAUUGUUUCAUUUCAUAAUCUAUGGCAAUCCUUUUCAAAUAUAUAACUACAGUAGCGAUUUAUGGAAUUAUGUAAAGUUUAAAGUCACAAUCUCUUUCUGAAGGAAUGACGAUUUGAAUGAAACAUCAAACAUGUUAAAUAGUUGAAGUUUAAAGAUUGUGAAUAUCUUUCAAAUGUUUAUUAAAGAUAUUGCGUUAGAUUUUAAAAUUAGACGAUUGUCUAAUUGUUAAGUUAAUUCAUCCACACAAUGUAAUCAAGAGGCGUUAACUCAUUGUCUUAUAUUAAAAUAGUAAUUCGAGCCGGUUUCUCGAAUUUUAUUAUGUAGGACCUAAAGUUCAAAUGUAUUAAAUUUUGGUAAUUGAUUUUCAUAUCUAAUGUAGGUAGAUUUAAAAUCGAAUGAAAUAAUUUGACAGAAUUGUAUAAUCUAACGUACUGUUGACUGUACUGUGCUAUAUAGAUUGGUUUGUUUCGACAUAAUUAUUCUGAACUGUUACUAGGACUAAAAAUUUGGACAAUUCAAAAGUGCUUCCAUGUAAGCUUAUUUGAAUAAAGAAUAAUUUUGUUAAAUACAAAUUAUUGCCGUUAUUCAGUAAAAAUUCACUUUCUCAUUUAGUGAUGUUGAUUAAUGUAAUAACUAAUAAGUGUUAGUGGUUACUAGCAACUAGCGCCAUUUUUCCAUAGGCAAAACUUCUAAAUUGUGACUUUCCAUGUGAAAAAGAAAGACGCAGCAUGAUUUUUUAGUGAUAUUCAUAAUAUUUAAAUAAAAUGGUGUUCUACAUAUAAUUUAUUUUAUUUUCUUUGAAGAACAUAAGUAUCGUAGUGAUUAAUAUACAUAGUAUAUUAAAGUAUACAGUACAAAUUGAUUCGAAUAAGUUUUUAUUUCAAUUUAAAUAUUGUGUCCGUAUGGGAAAAUACUAACCACUAAGAACGUUAAAAAGAAAAAAAAUUUUUGGAGAGAAUUCAUUAUGUACGUCGACUUCGAUUUGUUUUAUUUUUUACCCUACAAUUGUAAAAAUAAGAGAUUAAGUACUGUAUUUACACUCAAAAGUCACUCCUUAUACCUAAAGGUUGUAAGUCCACGUAACGUAAUCAUUGUAUUAUUUAUAUCCUAACGAUUUUAUUAUGAUAUUUAUAACAAGUUGAAUUAUAGUUAAGACAUAGAGGAAAAAUAACUUAAUAGCUGUAUCUGUGUAAGUGCGAACACUUGACAAAAUAAGAAAAUAAAUAGCAUUGUAGCAUAUCAUAAUUAUGAAUAAAUUGAGUGUGAUAAUUAUGUGACCGAUACUACGUAAACGUUGCUAAGUUUGUCACUGACAUAGCGUACCCACUUAAUUAUAUUCAUUAAAAUAAUAAUAUUGUCCUAAGUGAAAGCAGAAUACUUACAUAGUUCAUCGUUGCAAUCAUCCUUGCAGCUUUAUUUUAUUAGUGGAAGUAUGAAAAUAUUUUUUUACUUUGUAAAUACAGAAUGUUAUAAAUGUGAUAAAAUAAUUUUUGACAUAAUUAGAAAUUGUGAUUUAGUAAGGUGUGUAGUUUACGUAAACGACAAAAAAAAAUAUGUGAAUGAAACUUUGCUUUGUUUUCCCACGUUUUUAUAUUCGGGUACUUAUGUAUUCUAAGCUGUUGUAUUACUAAUAAAUAUGAUCAACUCAGGAGAAUGAAUGUUUCGGCCCAGUAUUGUAAGACCUCUGUACCCACCAAUGCUGUGAAUCAUUUGCUUCCUGACAAAUAAACAACCAAAACUGCAUUGAGUUUUUUUAACUUUUACAUAUCCAAUAAAUUACACCUUUUUUAGAUGAGCGCCAAGAAAGGAGUAUAUUGUGUUUAGAGUUAAUUAUAUUAUAACUUUUGAAAGACAAAAGAUAUGCGUAUAUAGAUCAUGCCCCCAGCCGCUUCGCCCGCGUGGACUUGUAACCUUCCUUUUCAAUCAACCUGUCUAUGAAAAAAAACCGCAUCAAAAUCUGUUUUAAAGAUUUAAGCAUACAUAGGGACAGAGAAAGCUACUUUUUUUUAUACUAUGUAGUGAUUGGAAACGUUACAUCAUCUCCAGUGACACUGAC